AUUCACUCAGACAGUCACUGAGCGCGGCAGGGCAGCAGUGGGCUACGAGAGGACGGCGAUAUCCAGCAAACAAUGAUGCAACUCACAGGUCUCGUUGAGCUGCCGUUGCUGCUGUUGUUGAUGUCUUCAUAUCAGGACAUGUGUCUAGUCCAGAGCUCCGUCCUGCAGGAGGUCCCUUUCCCCCUCCACUCCAACGCCUCGCUGCCCUGUGACGCUCUGAUGCUCAGUCUCGCAGCCGGAGAAGAAUACCGCUCUCUCACCUGGUACAGGCUGAACCACCCCACUGGAGAGGAGAGGUCUGGGCUGCUUCAGAAGCGUAACGGCUCUAUUAAAUACUACCGUUACUCGCGGCCGGCUGGGUUUAGUCUGGGGGACGAGGGGCACCUGGAGCUGGGGAACGUCACUGCAGGAGACUCAGGAGUUUACCAGUGUCUACUGAGAGCCAACCUGGGAGGAAGGAACAGGCACUCAGAUAUAUACCUGUGUGUGGACGGGUGCCCGGAGAGGAUCCAGCCACAGGAUCCAGCUGUGAUGUCACACAGGUGUCCUGUGAUGUCACUGGAGGCGUUGUCACCCGCCGCCAUCGUCAUCAUCCUGCUGUGUGUGUUAUCAGCUGUUGGGCUCAUCGUAGCUCUGUUGGCCGUGUUGGUCUACCGCCGCAAUACCGCAGCCCACCACCAGAAGGCAGGCAUGCCCACUGAAGAGCCAAACACUAAGCAGAAGCACCAGUUACUAAGCAACAUUUGACAUCAUUUCUGACCUACAAAGGCAAAUUACAGUAACUAUGCCAACAUUGAAACUGGAAAAAAAACCUUCAAAGCCUUGGCAUUAGGUUGGAUACUGUAGGUAAAUUUGACAUAUAUCUCUAAUAUCUCUCAUUUGGACCAUAAGGCGGUGUCACGUCAUAAAGGAGGUGUAAGGAAGACCAUUUUCAGUCUGAACUCAAUUUUGACAAAAUAUCUGGUUACUGCACUUUGCCUUUGUAGGGGAAAGUUGCCCUUUGAUCAUUUUCGAUAAAUAGAUCACUGAGAGGGACAUUUCCUAUGUUACUGUAAUAGUUUACAUUUUCUCUAUAAAUAUAACAGCUAGAUUAUUUCUAGAAUUCAUGUGUUCUGUAUUGCACUUGUUGUCUUAUUCAGGUUAUGUAUUCUAUUUAUGUUUGUUAUUUUGUGAAUAACAAUUAAA